UUUGAGUUGAACAUGAAGCAAAAAGAUGAGUUGAAUUGGCAAUUACCCAGCUCCGCUUUUUAUGCCAAUCUUAAAUUUAAAUUUAACCGAAUUCAUGGUCAGUGGUUUCCACUUCAUCACUGCAUUACAUGGCCUGGAAUAUAUGCCUGAAAUGAAAAACAUUUUAAUUGUCUCUUUUUGAUCGAUUCAAUGCUAACACAAAUCAAUUGAUGAAUUAAUUACGUCGAGGGAUGUCUGAAAAAUGAGACCAACUAGUUCAUGGCCAAGGGACUCGGUGAAUUUUGGCGCGAGCAAUUUUUUCGCUUCUAUCACAUCAUAAAAUUCUUUGAAACAAACAUCGAAUUAUCUGCGUAGUUUUGAGAUUCGAUCAAUGAUCAUCACCGCAGACUAACAAGUGUUGAAAGUCCCUAAUAUGCUAUUCAUUUCCCAUUGUUAUAGCCAACCAUCCCGAAAAACAAUUAUGAAUUGAAACGAAAGUCUCAACAUGGAACUACUUCUAUUUCAAAGAAACCGAAAACACUAAAAGGGAUCGACGACAUAUGUGACGACGUAAUCGAUUUGAUUCUGUGUCGUUUGGAACUAAAAGAGUUGGCAAACAUUUCCGACACCAACAAACGGCUUUGAAAUAUUGCUGGAUCAGUAUUUUCUCGAAAAUAUGGAAAUCAUUUAAUAUCAAUUGAACGCAUUCCGAAGAAGACCAUUAACCCAGGAUUGUUUAAACGUGUACCGCUCCUUCCGAUUAUUCAUAGGUACAAACAAAUCGUUAGGAUUGAAGAUGCCAAAGUUUGGUUUAAGUUAGUACAUAAAUGUAUUCGCCUCUUUUAUACAGAUCAUCCAGCAUAUAUUCGCCUCCUACGUACAAUUGGACCGAGUUUUCCUUUUUAUACUCCAAAUUGUAAUGGAAGCAGCGGACUGUCCAUCGUUCUCAUUGAAUAAGCCAUUGAUAAUUGAAUAGCAUAGUACCGUCUGAAAAUCCAAAUUGUGAAGAAAUAAAAUGCGUCUCUGCAAUUGAUUUCUUUGCUGACAUUCAAUCUGGGUGUGUUCCCAUUAUUCAUCGAAAUAAUUGUUGUCCAUAUGAAGUGAAAUGCCCAAAUUCUAAAAAAGACGCCAUUGAUCUGAGUUCAAGCUCAAAAGAAGAAAAGGAGGAAAAGGAAGACUCUGUCUGCAAAUUCGGCGAUUUAACUUUGAAACGUAAUGAAAGUCUCGUUCCAGAUAACCAAAAUAGUUAUGUAGUCGAAUGCACCUGCAAAAUGCCACCCAUUUUGACAUGCAUCGGAUAUGAAAAAAUUUAACCAAUACGAAGAAAUGAAAUGCUUAUAUGAUAUCAUACACAUACGGAACGAACAGUAUCAAAUCGUGCAGCUCUUUAGAAAAAAUAGAAUGUUCAAAGUUUAUUCGUUAAGUAUGCCUGUUGAGUAUUUUCGUUUCGGUUUUUGAAUAAAGAGACAUCAUUUGGUCCACAAAAGAUUAGUAUGGUUUUUAAAUAAAAUUUUGAACUCACUUCCCAAAGGCUAUGGAAUGUGGUUAAAUUUCAUUGGUUCCAGCAUGGUAAAUACCAUUGAAAAAAGACAAAUAAUACACAAAAUUAUUCCCAAUUAAGCCAUCAAUGUUGCAUUCAAAUUGAGGAAUUCUUUUCGUCGCUUCUUUUUUAGCACACCUUCGGCACUGGUACUAUUCAUCGUUGGCCACACCGUCUGGUUUAUUUGUGGAUGUUAUAGUUCGUAUUUAUAGCGUCAUGUGUUUGUAUCGCAUGGAACAUAGAAUUUGACAUCGUUAAGCAUUCAUAUACAGAAUUUUACAUACCUAAGUACCAACUGAGCUGUUCUGGAGCUGCAGUUACAUCUUCUUCUUCUUUUUCUUCACAACGUCUUAAAUUAAGAAAGCAUUUAACACAACUGCCCAACCCAAAGGCAAAAGGAAAAGAAAAUAAAGACAAUGACGAUGACGAUGUCUGCAUGAACAUAUUUAUGUAUAUAUGCCAUUUUUGUAUUCUCGUUUGCAGAUGCCUGGUGGCCGAUCGAAUGCGAACAUUUAUCUAUUGGUUUUUAGUUACUCUCUUGAAAACAAUGGCAUUAGUAUUAGCAAUUCAUUAAACCACGUGUAAACACAGCGCUAAAACAAAAAUUAUUAUCAUUAGAAGGUUCUGGAGAUUUUUGGAAGGACCUAUCUCUGGAACGCUUUGGAUACAAAGUGUUUCAUUUUUAGUUGUGAUUCUGCAUAUCAGCUGUGAGGAAACUGUGGCCAAGCUCAAGCUCAAAUUUGCCAAACAUACAAAUGUUCGAGCCGAAUGACAAAAAUUAUUGAAUUUGAAGUAUAUAGGUUUUGUUCCAAAGCGUUGCAUCUAUAGACUGGACGACAUAGGAUUUUUAGUGUUUUUCAUAGAAUAAAAAAAACGUUUGAAUUAAUCAAUUUUGAAAAAUUUUAAAAACGAGGAGCUGCUGCUUCAACAUGCUGGCCGGUACUUCGCUUUUCGACAUUCGAAGGAGACAAAUUGAUACGCUGAAAUUUUUCAAUAACUAUGUGACCGAAGUGAAAACGAACGAGGAAUAUUCCGUGGGUUUUCAAUCGGACGAUCGACAAAUGCUGCUAAAUGUGUAUCUCGGAGUAAAUUUCCCAAAUGAUAAGCCGAAAAUUGUGGUCACCCCAAAAAUACAGCACGAAUGGAUACCAGAUCCAGCGAAUGGCGAAGUGCAGACCGCCCCAGGUCUACGAAAUUUCUCAUUGCAUUCCGAUCUUGGACGUGUUGUCCAAGCGAUAAUUCGUGAGUUUGAAAAAUUCCCGCCACCUCUGUGGCCAAAUUCCAGCGCAGGAAGUGUUCAACCAAAGCCAGCUCAACCGCAUUUACCCGAACUGAACAAAUCCUCCAUUACAGAAUUGUGUAAUUUAUCGUUUGAAGACGAUAUUCAAGAAAACACAUUGGAUGACAACAAUGAACAGACUACGUUCAAGUCCCACAACACAGGAGUUGUAGAUAGAAACGUUUUCGGUUUGAAUUUAAAUGCGUAGUUUUGAGAUUCGAUCAAUGAUCAUCACCGUAGACCAACAAGUGUGAAAGUCCCUAAUAUGCUAUUCAUUUCCCAUUGUUAUAGCCAACCAUCCCAAUAAACAAUUAUGAAUUGAAACGAAAAUCUCAACAUGAAACUACUUCUAUUUCAAAGAAACCGAAAACACUAAAAGGGAUCGACGACAUAUGUGACGACGUAAUUGAUUUGAUUUUGUGUCGUUUGGAACUUAAAGAGUUGGCAAACAUUUCCGACACCAACAAACGGCUUCGAAAUAUUGCUGGAUCAGUAUUCUCCCGAAAAUAUGGAAAUCAUUUAAUAUCAAUUGAACACAUUCCGAAGAUGACCAUUAACCCAGGAUUGUUCAAAAGUGUACCGCUCCUUCCGAUUAUUCAUAGGUACAAACAAAUCGUUAGGAUUGAAGAUGCCAAAGUUUGGUUUAAGUUACUGCGAAAUUUCGGAGAGUACAUCAAAUGUAUUCGCCUCCUUUAUUUAGAUCAUCCGGCAUAUAUUCGCCUCCUACGUACAUUUGGACCGAGUUUUCCUUUUUGCACUUCAAACUGGAAACGCGUUUUAGAAUAUGUUUCCGAAUAUUGUGCUGAUUCAGUGGAGGUAAUGGAAGUAGCGGGCUGUCCAUUGUUCUCAUUGAAUAAGCCAUUGAUAAGAAUUCAGAAAUUCAUCAUUCAUAAGUGCGACGACAUGGGAUCAUUGGAAUUGAAUCAAAAUCUAUGUGCAAUGCAUUUAUCAUGUUGGACAAAGACAAUCGAAAAACACCUACCAAAAUUGACAAAUGCUAAGUUGCAAUUGACUAGUGAAAGUACAGUGAAUUCUUUUUUUUCUUUUUUGCGCAUGAACCGACAAAUCAAAAAGUUAACAUUGGGCAUUCAAACACCUGAUCAUAAUUACAACGAUCUAAUAUAUUCGUCGAUCGAUGAAAAUUUAACGCAACUGAAAAAAUUGACAUUAUUCAUAGGAUCUAUGCGUGAAAGAGAUCCGAUGAAACCAAUUCCAAUUAAUCGUCGGUUCAAAACAAUUGAUCAAUUUGCCCUCAUGGGAAAUUCUUGUGCCCGAUUGGAAUUAUUUGAGUUUAAUGAUCUCAGGAAAUUAACAUUAGGAAGAGUUUAUAGCAUGGAGGAUUCAUUUAACUUCAUAUUGCGACAUAAAAAUUUGAAAAUAUUAAAAUUACACAAUUUUUACAAUUGUAAAGACGAUCCAAAUUUCCGAACAAUGCUAGAAGAAUUACGUGACUUGGUGAAAGUCACCAUUAUACCUGCUUUGAAAAAAGAAUCAGCAAUGUGGAAGUCAGCCUUCGGAAUGAAAUGGGAAUGUAUGGAAUACGAAAAUUAUGUUGAACAUAAAGUUGUUUUGAAAUUUUUCAAAAAAGUUUAAAAAUGGUACAAUCUCAUUACUAUGUUAUAUCACUUAAUUUCUGUGAAUUUUUUCUCGAUCUACUCAAUUCUUACACAAAAUAAUUUUAUAUAAAUGUUCAACUCAGUUAAUAUUUUAUGAUAUCGAAAGAGACAAUGCAAAAAACAAGACUAUUAUUUCGAAUAGGAAUAGAAAGUCACAAUUUGAUUUCGAUUCAUUGUUCAAUAAAUCGUUUGCAUGAUAAGAAGAUGCAUUUCUAAAAUUAAGAAAAAGUAAUCAUUGUAUAAAAAAAGAACGGUCGAAAUGUUCGAAAAUGAACUUCUUGGACGAUACAAUUUAAAUAAAAUCUCUUUAGUUUGUAGACACUAUA